AGUACAUCUACGUGGAUUGAAAUCUUACUGCAAGACAAUUUGAGCAACUAGACAUACAGGGAAAGUACUUGUACACAUUUAACAGUGACGAUUUAGGACUUCUUUUUAAAAACUAAAUUAAAUCAGAAACAGGUUUCCUUCAAAUAUUAAAUAAAAAUGAGUAACGCCAUAAUCUUCAUCAGCUGCGCAGCUGCUCUAGUUUUAAUGAUCAACCUGGUUCAUGUGAAGAGGGAAAAUAUCUCAAUCGCAGGAAACCUUAUGUCUGAGAGAGCUAGUAAAGAGCAGAUUGAGAUUGCAAUGUCGGAAUGCGGAACAAAAACCAAAAAUUUAGAAAAUGAGGUUAAGACUAAGUCUGAUGAGGUUGGGAACUUGAAUGCUAAGAUCCAAGAAUAUGCUGCACAAGUACAGAAUGCUGAGGUUGAACAGGCAAGCUGUAAUACUAAAAUUCAAGAGCUUGAAGAUAAGGUUAAAACUUUAACCGACCAAGUAAAUGCUGCUAAUACUGCUGCUGAGAAAGCUAAAGCUGAUGCUGCCGCUGCCAAAUCUGCCGAAGCUGCUGCCGCUGAUGCCAAAGCCAAAGAAGCAGCUGAUGCUGCUGCCGCUGAAGCCGCUAAAGCUGAAGCUGCUAAAGCUGAAGCUGCAAAAGCCGCAGAAGCCCCUAAAGCAUAAUCAGAAGCGCUGAAGGAAAAAUACAAUUUUUAGAAACAUUUUUGAAAUACUAAAUACCUAACUUGUGUUUAAAUUUUGUGUGAUUGCAAAGAAAGCACAACUAAAACUGUUUUAUUGUGUAGUUUUUAAAUUCUUAAAGUUUUGUUCAAUUAAAUAAAACAAAACAAAAAUA